GUCAAGUUUGCGCACCCGCCUUCUCUACACGUGCCUCCCUGCACCAUAUUCGCACAAGAGUUUUCACACGCUUCUGUCAGUGCUGGCGGAAGAUCUGAACAAGAUGUGGAAAGAUGGUGUGGAUGAUUGGUGGGAUGUCAAGAAGAUGAAAUCUAUGCCAGUCACUGCCACCAACCCGAAUGCGUUCAAGGGCGGACCUCCGAGCCCACUCAGGAGUUUGCCACUGGGAGAUUGCUGCAGGUAUGUGCGUAUAGAUGGCGCGCAUACUUAUGCGAUUGAUGGUAUCGGCAAAGACUUUCUUGCUUCAAGUCUUCUCAUGCUAGUCCGAAUGGGUCACUUUGGUUCCGGUCCCACUGAGCGUUGCCUUCAGAAUGCUUAUGCCAACUUCUUGGCUUACUGCAAUUCCCACUCUAAGAACACAACCAUUGAAGACUUCAGUCAUGGAAGCUUGAAGUUGAAUGGAUGGCCCAGGGGGCUUGGAAAAGGGCACGACGCGUCUGAAGAGGAGUACAAAGACAUGUUGGAGGUGCUAACCAUUGCGUGUUUGGCUAUUGACCGUUUCUGGCGCACUAUUUACAAUCAUGGGGUUUGGAUCCCACGCGGUACAGCCGAAGGCUUGGUUUCUGAAGGUUUUAUCUUCACGGACCUUGGACUUUGA